CCAACUAUCAUAUUUUCCAAUCUUUCAAAAAUUAAACCUGAAAAAUGGAAAUUUGUGUAGAUAACAUUGAAUCUGCCCUUAUUGCUUAUAAAAAUGGUGCAAGCAGAAUAGAAUUAUGCUCAGCUUUAGAAUUGGAUGGUUUAACCCCUAACAUUGGCAUGUUCAAAAUUAUAAAAUCAUUAAUUAAAAUUCCUAUAUUUAUAAUGAUAAGACCAAGAGAGGGUAAUUUUUGUUAUAACCAGUUAGAAAUUGAAUCUAUGAAAGAAGAUAUUAAAAUUUUUAAAGAAAUGUAUGCUGAUGGUUUUGUAUUUGGUGUAUUAACCAAAAAUUUAGAAGUUGACAUGGAAAUAAAUAAAACCUUAAUUAAUGUAUGUCAUCCAGUGUCAGCUACAUUUCAUAGGGCUUUUGAUGUAGUCAAGAAUCCUUUACAAGCUUUGGACUCAAUAGCCUUAUUAGGGUUUGAUAGAAUAUUAACUAGUGGAUGUUAUGACACUGCCUUACAAGGAAAUAAUUUACUUACUGAAUUAAUACAAAAAACAAGUCAAACUUCUGAUAACAUCAAAUGGCCAAUUAUUGUACUGGCAUCUGGAAUUGAUAGGAACAAUUUGGCCAAAAUUUUAACAGCAACAAAAUGCCAAGAAUUACAUUCAUCAUGUAGGGUAAAGAAAUUAUCAGAAAAGAAAGAAAACUUUGACCACUAUUCACUUCCUGAUGCCAGCAUUAUUACAAAAAUGAUAGAUAUUGCAAAAGAAUUUAAUUUAUUAUAAUAGCAUUAUGUAUCAAUGAUAAAGCAUGAAGUUUACAAUUGAAUUUUUUUUUAACCAAACCAUACAAAAUAUUAAAAAUUAUAAAUCAAAAUUCACCUUUUUUUGAAUAAAUUCUUAAAAACUUCUUAGAUUUUAAACUUUUGAUCAAUAAAAUUUUUACUCUUUAAAUAAUCCCAACUCAGAAUUUGCAGUUAUGGAAGCCAAAAUUAGGUAAAAGCAAUUUUGAUUUCAUUUUUAAGUUUUGUAAAGUUUUUUCGGGACAUUUUUUGAAAAUCAUAUAAAUAUAUCUUUAUUUUAUUUAUUAAAAAAAUAAGUAAUUUUUAAUUUGGUUGCCCAAAGUUUAUUUUUUUAAUCAUGAUAAAAAAAAUUACAUCAAAAUACAUUCUGUGAUCAUGGUUUUUUUCUUUUAUAUAUUAUAAAUGCUUCCCUUGCUUCUACGGAUGCUUUAUCACUGCAUUAUAUAAUCAAUGCCAUUAUAAAUUUAUUUUAAGAGUUUUAUAAAUCAAUUUUAUUUUAUAUUUAUUUAUAUGUCAUAUUGAAAUCCAUUUGAAUUUGGAAUCUUUUGAUUUAAAUCCUUUAAUAA